UUCCGGAAGUUUGGUCCCUGUGAUGGCGGCGCGGAGUCGGGAGGCGAGAUGCGCCCGGGCGCCUGCCACUGAACGAUGACCAGGCUUCUGGGCGCGGCACACAGAGUCGCCUUGGCCGCCGUGCGCUGCAGCAGCCUCGGCUGCGGGGGGCCCGGCAUGUUCUACGCCGUGAGGAGAGGCCGCAAGGCCGGGGUGUUUUUGAGCUGGGACGAAUGCAGAGCACAGGUGGACCGGUUUCCUGCUGCCAGGUUUAAGAAGUUUGCCACCGAGGAGGAAGCCUGGGCCUUUGUCAGAAACGCCGGGAGCCCUGGUGGUUCAGAAGGGCAGAAGGAUCAACGUGUACAAGAAUCACAAGUCAAAGGCAGCAAGCGACUCCGUGAGCCCCUGGUGGAAGGGGAUGAGAAUGCAGAGCCAUGUGCAAAGCAUGUGAAACAGAGCACGGAGGCAGCCCCGCCAGCUGGCAAGGACUCCUUCUCUUACAUGGGAGAAUAUGUCGUCGUCUACACUGACGGCUGCUGCUGCAGUAACGGGCGGAGGAGGGCGCGAGCAGGAAUCGGUGUUUACUGGGGCCCCGGCCAUCCUCUAAACGUAGGUAUUAGACUUCCUGGGCGACAAACCAACCAAAGAGCAGAAAUUCAUGCAGCCUGCAAAGCCAUCGAACAAGCAAGGGCUCAAAACAUCAAGAAGCUGGUUCUAUACACGGACAGUAUGUUUACCAUCAACGGGCGUGAGUGUGUUUCUUCUAGGGAUCACCAACUGGGUUCAAGGUUGGAAGAAGAAUGGGUGGAGAACAAGCGCCGGGAAGGAGGUGAUCAACAAAGAGGACUUCGUGGGGCUGGAGAAACUUGUCCAGGGCAUGGACAUCCAGUGGAUGCAUGUUCCUGGCCAUUCGGGAUUUGUAGGCAACGAGGAAGCUGACAGGCUGGCGAGAGAAGGAGCCAGGCAACCGGAAGACUGAACGACGUUGCCAUCACUCUGGGACACACUGGAGCCGUUGGCCUUUUGUGACGUCACUUACUGGUGUGAACAAUUAAACUGCAAGAGGACCGUUGCUGUACAAGGAGAGAGACGCUUUCAAACUGACUCAGAAAAGCAAGAUGGCAUUCUGAUAAAAGCGCUUAAAUGUCCUUUGAGGUCUGAGGAUUAUUUGAGAUUUCAGCAUUUCGCUUUA